ACACAUACACCAAUUGAGAUUUCGGAAAUUUAAAUAAGAGAAACAAAACUCAAUUUACAUAUUAUCAAUAUUGAAAAUUCGUUUGGUAUUUAUUUCCGCAUACGAAACAACAACAAUAAUUAUAUACAUAAAAAACAUGAGAUUCAUUAGACCCGUGAAACUCGUCACAUUUGAUAUAACGGGCACAUUAUUGAAGACAGAUGUGGGAAAGCAUUAUGCUCAAGUUGCACUAGAACACGGAAUCACUAAUGUUGAUACUGUUAAAUUGUCGAAAAGUUUUAAACUUAAUUUCAAAAAAUUUUCAAUUAAACACCCAAUCUUUGGGAAACAUACAGGUUUAGGAUCUGAAAAUUGGUGGCGCGCACUUGUUUACGCUACAUUUAAAGACCAACAUUCUUCUAAUAUUUCAGAGGAAACACUAUCAAAGAUUGCAACAUCAUUGAUAGAACGUUACCGUACAAGAGUUUGUUGGGAAAUUGUUCCUGGAACUAUAGAACUACUAGAGUUUCUUAAAAAGCACGAUAUUUUGCUUGGAGUAAUAUCAAAUUUUGAUGAUGGACUGAAUUCAAUUCUUGAUUCAUUAAAUAUCAAACAAUAUUUUCCAUUCAUUUUAUGUAGUUAUAAAUUUGGAAUUGAAAAACCAAAUCCUCUAAUCUUCAAUGAGGCUCUUAAAAAUUUUAAAGAAUUAAGAAAAACAAGCAUUUUUCCUGAAGAAGCUUUACACAUUGGUAACAGCAUUGAGGAAGAUUAUAAAGGUGCAAAAAAUGCAAAUUGGAACGCUGUUUUAAUGAUAGAAAACGACGAAUCAGUAAAUCCUCUAAUAAAAAGAGAUGAAAUUUUUAGUAGUUUAGAAGAACUUGGGAGGUGCAUUAUAGAAAAUAUACAAUAUACAAUAAAAUAAUGUGUACAUUUUAAUUUAUUACAAAAAUAAAUAUUUACGGCAAAAAUUAAUUACAUAAUUUAUAUGGAAACCUAAACAGAAGAUAUAUUGAGGCAUAUAGGUUAAUUUAUGCACAUCAUUUUAACUUAGUUGUACCUACGUAAAAUAUUAAAAAUGUGAUGCUAUUAUAUCCUUAAUUAUUCAAAAUAAGAAUCAAGUUUUAUUCUCAAGAAAAUGUACAUUUUUAAUUAUUACAGUUGA